UGCAUGUACCUUUGAUACAAGAGCAUAUGUGAACUUUGUUGCAGCUGGAUAGAUAACUUGCAUGAGAGCAAGCGUAAACCAAGAAAACGCAAUUCUUUGCCACGCUAUAUUAUGUCUUCUAACUGCCAAACCAUCAUGGCCAACCAUAUGCCACUUCUGCCAUCUCUCCUCUCCCUCUCCGCCUGAUGCUCGACAUCCUUUUCUCUUUCUUCCUUGCUCUGUCGUUCCCUUUCCCACGCGCUCCGCUAUGCAUCGCCUUGGUCCGGCUACUGCUUCCGCCCGCUCUGAAAUCAAGAUUUGUCCAGUCGUCCUUCAAGAAGAACUGCUGGUGUGUGGCGUGGGUGUCCCUUUGUGGGAUUGAACGCCGGUCGUUGGUGAAGAAAAGAAAGGAAAUGGUGAACAUCGUGGUCAGGAUCUCGUGAUAAACUUUUGCAGGUCAUUGGCAGGUCGUGAGAGCAACUUCGCUCCAUCAAAAUGAGAAACAUAAGAAAAAGGAAACCAAAACAAGGC